AUGGCGGGACGAGCACCGAAAGGUCGCAACUUCAUUGUCACCUACAACAAUCCUACUGAGACCGCAAAUGAGCUGGUACAAAGAUCCGUGGCUAACAACCUACGCUAUGCCAUCCAACGAGGACGAGGAACCGAGGCAGGAACAGAACACUACCAAAUCUACCUCAACUACCCUACAACCAAAACCUGUUCCCAGGUCAGAAGAAUCCUGCCCCACGGACAUGUCGAAAUCGCAAGAAACCCAAUCGCAGCCAGACGUUAUUGCAUAAAGAGUGAUACGAGAAUUGAUGGCCCGUGGACUAAUAUUGAGUCGAGGGAGGAGACGAUGGCCCAGGAGAAGAAACCCAACUACAUGCAAGAGCUCAUUGAUCGGUACAAACAGGGUACAAGUAUCCAACAACUCGCUGAAGAAUACCCAAACCUAUUCGCAAGAAACUACAAUAACAUCAUGCGCACCCUCGACCUCAUCUGCCACUCUACUCCAAGAAGCACUAAAACGGAGGUUUGGUGGCUAUACGGGAAGACAGGAACAGGAAAAUCAAGCAAGGCCCUACAAAUGGCGGAGGCUAAGCCUACAUACUGGAAGAACUCAACCGAAUGGUGGGACCCCCUCGACCUUGCCACUCUACUCCAAGAAGCACUAAAACGGAGGUUUGGUGGCUAUACGGGAAGACAGGAACAGGAAAAUCAAGCAAGGCCCUACAAAUGGCGGAGGCUAAGCCUACAUACUGGAAGAACUCAACCGAAUGGUGGGACCACUACGAACAACAAGAAGUGGUAA